AUGUCAUUCUCUGACGACUGCUCUACUUGCAAGCAGGGGAUACUGGUGCCUGUAGAAACGCAGGAGAAACAUAACAAACUUGGACUUGGAGCAGAGAAACCUAAGAAAACUGAAAUGUCUCAGUCUAGAUUUCCUCAAAACAUUGAAAAAGUGUCGAGUGCUGUGGGAGAGACUGCUGGAUCAAGCAGCUCAUGGGCUGCAAUCAAUUCUUCCAACAUUGGGUUUCGGCUCCUAAAGAAGCAAGGGUGGAAGGAAGGCACUGGUCUUGGAAUCGCUGAACAGGGUAUAUUGGUGCCUGUGCAAACAGAACCGAAAAAUAACAAACGAGGACUGGGAGCUGGAAAAACUAUUAAGAGAAAAGCGUCAAAACCUCAGGCUACAGAGUCUGGACACAGCGAAAAGGAUGAAGAAGUCCCAAAGAGAACCAAGAAACUCUCUAAGAAAAUGCGGAAGAUGAUGAAGCACGAAAAACAUUUACAGGAAAAGGAAUUCGAACGAGCCUUCUUUAGGGAGUUCUGGCCUGAUAAUGUAUGA